ACAGCUAUCGUAGAGGAUGUAGAACACCCCCGGCCGUUCGUUAUGGAGAUGGUAGUAGAUCAUCUCCCACGUACGUAUUAAUACCAACCCUCGUUGAUCAUUCCGCUCUCCAGGUCACGUUGCCGUCGAAGGAAUCGCAAUGCGAUGCGAAUGCCAAGUGAACAGAAAGCAGCACACACGACUAAACGCUGGGAACGCCAAUCCAUACGCUUCAACACCAUAAAACACCCGCUAAACACAACAUGCUCGAACUCCGCAUCAAUGCGAUGUAUAGGGAGGAUUGGGCGUGAGGAACGGCGAAGACGCGCUCGUCCCGUCCAGCUCAUGAAUCGGCUCCGGUCCCGCAUCCAGCUCUGGCAGGCCAUUGGGACUCAUUCGCUUGCGCGCUAUCGCUUCGUCCUUGACGCUGAAUGGCGCUUCCUGCACGACGAACGGCGCUUCGGCCAUGUUGGAGGGCUCGCCGCCGAGGUUGUACGGGUCGUAGUAGUCCUUUUCCUUCUUUUCCAUGGUCGCGGCGGCGGUCUGCUUCGCUUUGCGUCUUCGGAGGAAGAGCGCGCCUACGACGAGGGCGAUGAGGAGGAAAAUGCCGACUCCGAGACCUACCCCCAGGCCGAUUUUGCUGCUUGAGGAGAGCCCGCUGCUGGAACUCGUGUGCCCGUUCGAGUGGAUCCCGGAUGAAGUAGUAGAUGACGUUGAGGAUGUUGUGCUGGUGGUCGGGUAUGAAGAGCCCAGGUAGGUGGUGCUGGUCUUGCCGCCCAAGGGAUCGGAAGUCGGGG